CCCCUUCGGGUGGCGGGAGCCGGCUCUGACUCACGCCUAUUGUUCACACUCGCAUGCACGCAUGAGGCCGAGGAACGCCCCAAGCCAGCACCAGCCCCUCACCCCACGCCUGUCCCACACCCCACGGGGGCCCAGGAACACCGCAUAAGCUCCAAGGGCAGAGGGGCAUGGGAGAUGCCCCCCCGGACCCCCAGCACUGCGCCCCACUGCCCACAGCGCACCCCUGUUGGCCCCUCUCCUGCCUGUCCCCGCUGUCCCCAUCCCCUGGGGGCCGGGAGCAUCCCCAAUUGUUGGAGCCGCGGGGCUGAGCGUGGGGAGGGGUCCCCAGGCGUGGGGUCGGGCUCAGGGCUGUCUCUCCCCAGCCCGGUGCCCGUGCGCCCCACGGAGCCCACGCGCUUCGCCCGGCUGAAGAACUGGGAGACCGGGAGCAUCGCCUACGACACGCUCUGCGCCCAGGCCGAGCAGGAGCUGCCGUGCUCGGGGCGGCGCUGCCUGGGCUCCCUGGUGCUGCCCAAGCAGCUGCCGGCCCCCGGCACCGAGGGCGCCCGCAGUGGCCCCGAGCUGCUGGCCCUGGCCCGUGACUUCAUCAACCAGUACUACGCGUCCAUCCGGCGGGACAACUCCCCGGCGCACGCGCAGCGGCUGCGGGACGUGGAGGCGGCCAUCGAGGCCACGGGCACCUACCAGCUGCUGGAGCCCGAGCUGAUCUUCGGGGCCAAGCAAGCCUGGCGCAACGCCGCGCGCUGCGUCGGCCGCAUCCAGUGGAACAAGCUGCAGGUAUUUGAUGCCCGGGACUGUGCCAGCGUGGGGGAGAUGUUCGGGUUCCUCUGCACCCACAUCCAGUACGCCACCAACCGCGGGAACAUACG